UAGUCGGACACAUUUACUCUGCGCACCGUUAGAAAGAAGCGCCGCAUUCUCACAUUUUCACAAGUGUGGCUGCACAGAUGGCGAGUACAAAGGUCCCAGAAGUUCGUGACAUCACACGGAUUGAGAGAAUCGGAGCGCACUCUCACAUUCGUGGUCUCGGUUUGGAUGAUGCUUUGGAGCCAAGACAGGUGUCUCAGGGGAUGGUGGGCCAGCUGGCCUCCCGUCGGGCGGCAGGGGUCAUCCUGGAGAUGAUCAAAGACGGUCACAUCGCUGGCAGAGCAGUCCUGAUCGCUGGCCAACCUGGCACAGGAAAAACGGCCAUCGCGAUGGGUAUUGCGCAGUCUCUUGGCCCUGAUACACCUUUCACAGCGCUGGCCGGGAGUGAGAUUUUCUCCCUGGAGAUGAGCAAGACCGAGGCGCUCAGCCAGGCCUUUAGAAAAGCUAUCGGAGUGAGGAUCAAAGAGGAGACGGAGAUUAUUGAAGGAGAAGUGGUGGAGAUCCAGAUUGAUAGACCAGCCACUGGAACGGGUGCUAAAGUGGGCAAGCUGACUCUAAAGACUACUGAGAUGGAGACAAUAUACGACUUGGGAAACAAAAUGAUCGACAGUCUGAGUAAAGAGAAGGUUCAAGCAGGAGACGUUAUUACCAUCGACAAAGCCACUGGAAAGAUCAGCAAGCUGGGCCGCUCUUUCACCAGAGCCAGAGACUACGACGCCAUGGGAGCUCAGACACAGUUUGUACAGUGUCCCGAGGGAGAGCUGCAGAAGAGAAAAGAGGUGGUCCACACAGUGUCCCUUCAUGAGAUCGACGUCAUUAACAGCCGCACACAAGGCUUCCUGGCUCUUUUCUCCGGAGACACCGGAGAGAUCAAAUCUGAAGUCCGCGAGCAGAUUAACGCCAAAGUGUGUGAGUGGAGAGAAGAGGGCAAAGCAGAGAUCAUCCCCGGGGUGUUAUUUAUUGAUGAGGUCCACAUGCUGGACAUGGAGUGCUUUUCCUUCCUGAACCGUGCCCUGGAGAGUGACCUGUCCCCAGUUCUCAUUAUGGCCACCAACAGAGGCAUCACUCGUAUCCGCGGCACAAACUAUCAGAGCCCUCAUGGCAUACCCAUCGACCUGCUGGACCGCCUGCUCAUCAUCGCCACCUCGCCUUACACCGAAAAAGAAACAAGGCAGAUCCUCAAGAUCCGGUGUGAGGAGGAGGACGUGGAGCUGAGCGAGGAGGCUCACACCGUCCUGACUCGCAUCGGCAUGGAGACGUCGCUGCGCUACGCCAUCCAGCUGAUCAGCACUGCGGGACUCGUGUGUCGCAAACGCAAAGGGACAGAAGUCCAGGUGGAGGACAUCAAAAGGGUUUACUCUCUGUUCCUGGACGAGGCCAGAUCCUCUCAGUACAUGAAGGAGUAUCAGGAUUCCUUCCUCUUCAAUGAAACACAAACAACUUCAAUGGACACCUCAUAAUGAAGAUGACUUCUGUGUUUUCUCACUGAAGUUUUUAUGUUGUUGGUCUGCUUUCACAGUCAGUUCAGGACUGGAUUUUACUUAAAUUUGAAUUCAGCAUUGAACAUUAUUGAAGGUAGAAUUAAAAAAUAUUGAAUUGAUUGAAUUUCCUACAUUUUUCUCCUUUGUUCAUCUUUAAUUCUACAUUGUUUGAAUUCAAAUUUAUUCCCUGAAAUUCAGCUUGAUUCUGAAUUCACCACCUUUCUGUUCGUCAUUGAGGCCUUAAGGCAGGAAUACCCAGUCAUUCAUUUUUUGUUGAUUUAUCUUUACAUGUUUUAUUUCUAAGAAAAUUAUUAAACAUGCUUUUCUAAGCACACUGUGAUGA